AUGCAAGAUAAUCAGCUUAGGGGACUCAAUAGCUUUGCUGGGGCUUUUACCUCCAACUCCAAUUCUGGAGGUACAUCACUUAGCUGGGCUUACUCCGUUAUUUGGAUGAUGCUAAAUAACUUUUUUGGCUGCUGUAUUGUUCCUAGGAGCAAUUUGAUCCAAUUGCUGAAUCGGACACCAGCCGUCUUGAUCUUAUUCCAAACAUGGUUUAUGGGUAAGGAAAGGAACUCGAGGGACCAAGAUUUUGGAGGGAUGUAUUGUGCAAUAUUAACUGUGAACUCAUCGGUUGUGUCAUCUGGGGUUAUUCGUAUUUUUGGAAGCGUAGUGGCAGAACUUCCUCUGGUUGCAACAAGUAAUGAUAGUCAAGGACAGGGUUAUUUCCAGUUGUUAUUCUUUUGCAUUGAAAACCUUCUUGACUCUCUUAAUGUGAGAAACCUUGUGCUUCCGGCUGCUGAUGAAGCAGAAUCCAUAUGGAUAAAAAAGUUUGGUUUCAAGAAGAUUACUGAAGACCAGCUGAAGCAAUAUAGGAGAGAUUACCAGAUGAUGGUCUUUCAAGGGACAUCAAUGCUGCAUAAGUCAGUCUCCAGGUCCUGAUGUAGCACUGAAUCAAUGGAUGGUUUUGUGUGGCAACUUUUUGAAGCUAGUAGCCGACUUCAUGCCAUGCCUUUGAGGUGAUAGCUUACAGGGUCCAAGUUUUGUUUUUGAUAUGUACAGAUAGGGUUGAUGGAUUCCUUCACCACCUUGCAAGCUGACAUUUUUUUGGCGGCAAAUAGAAAUUAUGGCAAAUUUUCCUUACAUGGCUGCAUGAAUAGGUGCCAUUGUUCAUUUGAGAGAAAAAUUUCUUGAAGGUUUCUGUCUAUAUAUAUAUAUAUACCUCAGAACUAGGAAUCAAUGCGAUAUCAUUGUAUUUUGAGUAGGGUCCCAUUACUUGUUAGAGUU